UUUUUGCAUGAAUAACAAACAGCUCGAAAACAGAGAACAAAACAAGAGGAGACGCUUGGCGUGGUGGCGCAACCAUCUUUCACCAAUUGUUAAACUUCCUCUGUUGUUGUUUCUAGAGAGAGAAACCUAUAGAUACACCGAUAGAUAUAGAGAGAGAAAGUUGUUUCAAGUGAUUUAACUUGCUUUUUGGCAAGGUAUCCUAUUCCAUACAUGUUCUAAAUUUCAUACGAAGAUGAAGUGUUUUAGAAUUUAGUGUUUGAAAGAGUUUGAUCAUAACUUUAGUUUCUAGAGAGAGAAAGUAGUGGUAACAAUAAUAAUGGGUUCAUGGAGGAAUUCAAGAACAUCUUCAACAAAGCUUUUGUGGUGUAUUUUACCGUUUAUGGUGGUGGCAGUGUUUAUUGGUGUAAAAAAGUCAAACUGGGUUGAUGGGUCAAAGUAUUCUGUGGUGAAAGAUGACGUGGCGGUGGUGGCUGUAGCUCCGGCGGUGGUGGAUGGUGGUGGUGAGGUGGCGGAGCCACCGGUGGAAGGUUUUCAGAGUUAUAAUUCUUCUUAUCCACCAUUGGGUAUGGAAGAUGAAAUGGAUGUUGAAUUGCCUGUUGUUGCUAAGGAAGACGAUUUGAAUGCGACACUAAGUGGACCCGACAUUUUUGUUUCUGUUAAUCAAACUAAUGUACUUCCUGUUGACGGAGACAUUAACAGGAAGUACACGAGUUUGGAUAAGCUCGAAGCCCGUCUUGGAUGGGUUCGAGCUGCAAUCAAAGAAGCGGAAUCAAGUAAUAGAACUCAUGAUCCGGAUUAUGUCCCGGAAGGUCCAAUGUAUUGGAACGCUGCCUCGUUUCAUAGGAGUUAUUUAGAGAUGGAGAAGCUAUUCAAGGUGUUUGUAUAUGAAGAAGGAGAACCCCCAAUAUUCCAUAGUGGUCCUUGUAAAAACAUAUAUUCAAUGGAAGGUAAUUUUAUAUACCACAUGGAAACUACCAAGUUUCGAACAAGAAACCCCGAAAAAGCGCACACGUUUUUCUUACCGAUGAGUGCAACGAUGAUGGUACGUUUUAUCUUCGAGCGUGAUCCUCAUGUCGACCAUUGGCGUCCCAUGAAGCAAACGGUUAAAGAUUAUGUUGAUCUUGUGGGCUCCAAGUAUCCGUUUUGGAACCGAAGCCUAGGAGCCGAUCAUUUCACCGUUGCUUGCCACGAUUGGGGUCCCGAGUUAUCAAAGGCCGUCCCAUACCUCUUCAAGAACUCCAUCCGAGCUUUAUGCAAUGCAAAUACCUCAGAAGGGUUUAAUCCCUCGAAAGAUGUGUCAAUCCCUGAAAUCCUACUUCCCGACGGAACAACACGUGGGAUACUAGGUGGCCCAUCACCGAGGAAUCGGCCCUUUUUGGCGUUUUUUGCUGGCGGGGUCCAUGGUCCUAUCAGACCAAUACUUUUGGAGCACUGGCAGGACAAGGACCCCGACGUGCAAGUUCACAAGUACCUACCAAAGGGCGUUUCGUACAUGGGUAUGUUGAGACAAAGCAAGUAUUGCAUUUCCCCUAGCGGGUAUGAAGUGGCGAGCCCACGAAUGGUUGAAGCACUCUACACCGGUUGUGUGCCAGUCCUCAUCAAGGACCAUUACGUGGCCCCUUUUAGCGACGUCCUAAACUGGAAAUCCUUUGCGGUUAUACUUGCGGUCGAGGAUAUCCCAAACCUUAAAAACAUCUUAACCAGAAUAUCUACAAGCCAAUAUCUAAGAAUGCAAAGACGCGGCAAACAAGUUCGACGUCAUUUCGAGGUUAACUAUCCGCCAAAGAGGUACGACGUUUUUCAUAUGAUAUUGCAUUCGGUUUGGCUUCGGCGGUUAAACAUUCGAAUCCUAGGUGUUGCUGAUUCUUGACAGGCUGGACAUAAAUCAUAUUGUGAAGGGUAGACUUUUGUUUGUUUUUUUUUUUUUUUCUUAUGGGCUAAAAUAGUGCAUUGUAGAAAAAUAGAGGAGUUUGUUUGUAACUUUUAAUUAGGCUGAAAGUUGGUGAAUGGUUUAAUC